UCUCUGCAUUGCAGCCUGAGCGCUGCUGCCUGACUCCAACACAACAAUGGCGACUCCCAGUCCGAACAGCAACUCCACGUCGCACCAGCUCCACCAGCAGACGCAGAGCAGCAGCAUGCAAGAAACCAACACCUGCUGGAGAUGUCAAAAUGAAACAGGGUUUCAGAUAAGCCUGUCUGGAGUACCCCAGUGUAAACGUAAAGCUCUCAAGCUCAAUUUUGCCAACCCUCCAGUGAAACCGACCUCGAGGCUUCCCAUCAAUCCGACGGCUCCUUCCUUCCAGAACCCUCACAUAGAGCGUCUGCGGACGCACAGCAUCGAGUCAUCGGGGAAGCUGAAGAUCUCCCCAGAGCAGCACUGCGACUUCACCGCCGAGGACCUGCGAGACCUCGGCGAGAUCGGCCGCGGGGCGUACGGCUCUGUUAACAAAAUGGUCCACAAGCCCACGGGCCAGAUCAUGGCUGUCAAGAGGAUUCGCUCCACGGUGGACGAGAAGGAGCAGAAGCAGCUCUUGAUGGAUCUGGACGUGGUGAUGAGGAGCAGCGACUGUCCCUACAUCGUUCAGUUCUACGGCGCCCUCUUCAGGGAGGGUGACUGUUGGAUCUGUAUGGAACUUAUGUCUACCUCAUUAGACAAAUUCUACAAAUAUGUAUAUUGUGCGUUAGAUGACGUCAUUCCAGAGGAAAUACUAGGCAAAAUAACAUUAGCAACCGUUAAAGCACUGAACCACUUAAAAGAAAACUUGAAAAUAAUCCACAGAGACAUCAAACCUUCCAACAUCCUGAUGGACCGGAGGGGGAACAUCAAGCUGUGUGACUUCGGCAUCAGUGGUCAGCUGGUGGACUCCAUAGCCAAGACCAGAGACGCCGGCUGCAGGCCGUACAUGGCGCCUGAACGGAUAGACCCCAGUGCUUCCAGACAAGGCUACGACGUCCGAUCCGACGUCUGGAGUUUGGGUAUCACCUUGUACGAGCUGGCCACGGGAAGGUUUCCGUACCCCAAGUGGAAUAGUGUGUUCGACCAGCUCACCCAGGUGGUGAAAGGAGAGCCUCCUCAGCUCAGCAACUCGGAGGAACGACAGUUCUCCCCAAAGUUCAUCAACUUUGUUAACCUAUGCCUUACAAAGGAUGAAUCGAAAAGGCCAAAGUACAAGGAGCUUCUGAAACACCCCUUCAUCCUGAUGUACGAGGAGCGCUUUGUGGACGUCGCCACCUACGUGUGUCGCAUCCUGGAUCAGAUCCCCGCCUCGCCCAUCUCGCCCAUGUACGUCGACUGACCGGGUCCUGCCGGGGGAGGGGCCGGGGAGGGGAGGGGGAGUGGGCGGUGCUCCGCGCGACGCUUGACGUCUUAGUUACGGAUAGGAUCACGUGUUCAUUGAAGCGUUCCAAAGAACCAAAAGGAACCGAGUCCCAGUUGCCCGGUGCAAUGAGAGAAUAUCGGUGAAUUUCCACCUGCCAUCAGCUCAUUUUACAAAGAAUUUCACCUUCCAUGUUCAGAAAAAUACAAAAAAAAACAAAACAAAAAAAAAAAACGCUUGAAGACAUAACAUUGUCUUAGUUUAAAAAAGAAAAAAAGCAUCUUUGUGUGUGAGGAAAAUGGAGUAUACAUAUAUGGAAUAUAUAUACUUGAACUCGUUGUAAACAUUUACAGAAUCUACCAAAUAAAAUGUUUAACGGUGACGCUCAUGAACAAAAAAACAUUUAAAAAAAACAAAAGAAAAAAAGCCACCUUAUGGAUUGUAUAUUGUGGACCGUAUGUAUGCAUCACCUCUGAAUCGUUGACAUGUACAGAUGUAUGCCGUUAGACCUACUGUCUCAGAACACACACACACACACACACACACACACACACACACACACACACACACACAGUUUGUUGUAAGCACCUUCACUCUAAACAAAUGAGUAUGCAAAAAGUGUUUGUUUCCGGAAAGCUCAUGGAUUCGGUAGUGUGGCUUUACUUUUUUCCUUUUCCUUUUUUUUUUCUUUGUCAAUAUGCAAUCGUGUGAGAGUUUGUCUUGAUAAAGGACUGAGACCGUUGAUAUUUCUCACUUCUAAAUGCUGGCCCCAGUUUGGAACCAUCGUCUGUUCUCUUCCCGGCAGAGUCACAAAGCUAGCAUGCUCGUUUCAGGCAGAACUCAACAUUAGCAUAGCGGCUGUACAGCGUAGCCUUUAAUUUCAAGCCUCUGCUCUUUGGUUUUAAUCUAGUUGAAAAAGUAAAAUUUGUUACCAAAAUUAAGAACUACAUUCAUGAAGUAAGACUUUAAAAACACUUGAACUUAGACAAUUAAGGACAUAUUUAUACUUCUCAAGGUACACCUGCUUACUAGCUUAAAUGCUGCAUUUGUUAAUGAUUUUAUCCCAUGUGAAUAGUUUGCGAGCUUCACAAAAUAUGACUAUCAUAAUUUUACAAGAUGUUCAUAAUCAUCAGUAUACGUAAAGUCUAUCUGAGAACAAACCUUGACGUUGUGCUAAUCGUCAGUCCAAGCUAGCUCCAGUCACUGACGUCGUUGUCUUGCUUGACCAAGAAGCUAAAGCUAAAAGUUUAAUGAAUAACGCUGCAAAUAGAAUAGUGUUAGAUCCAAAUGACAAGUUUUUGACCUUAGUGUUUCCAAUAGAAUAUAAAGCAUUUAGUAAGACACGUGAUAGCACCAUGCCACUUAAGAUAGCAAAAUCAUGAUAAAUGUUGGUUUUGUAUAGCUUCAGACUAUAAACAAUACGAAUAUGAAACUAACUGAACUCAAAUUCUCCUUAAUUAUAACUUUGACUUGAAAUGAAGAAAAGAGCAGUUGGUGCUCAUUUAAGAUAUUUUUUAAACAUUUUGAGUGAAAAAUAAGUUCUAGUGACAAAUCUUCAACAAGUCCAAAGCUCAGUUUUAUGACUCGGGCGAAAGAGGAACUGUCAGUUGGUUCAAACUGGAGCUGAUGCAAUGCUACGUUGCCUGAUGUAAAGUUACUUUGGGAUAUUCUAUCCAGAUGUAAAUGUGUAAUGUAAAUAGAACAUCUAAUCUGCUGUUCCUGGCAGGCUCCGCUCAACAGUUAAGGUGCAUUCCUAAACGCGAACGAUCAAAACGGCGGCGGGCGGAGACGUGAGGAAGCUGAUGUUUCAGUUUGAGAAUGAGCCUUAACCCUCGUCGGCAGCCCGUCUUAGCACUGUACAGAGCGACUCUUCAUCCACACUGACCGCGAGCUGCCGCAGAGGCGAGCAGGCGUGAGUACGUUUCUCCAAGUCCUGUACAAGAAAAUAGAAAAAGACACACUCAAAUGGUGACUGUAAAUGCUGCUAAAUCACAAGCUACCCACUUCUAUGCGAACCACGAGAGGAGGAAGUCCACUUCUCCGCUAAGUUACUGCUCGACGGCCGUGGAAGGCCUCUGACGACUCAGCAUGCUCCUCCUCCACUCGGCAUGUCCGUCUGGCUUGCACUGAUUUUUCGAAUGUUUCCACGCCAUACCACGUAUUAACAUCCAGAUGUUUCUCCGUAGUCCGGUCGGCUCCUCCGUCGCCACGGAGAUGCUUUCGUUACCCGGCACACUGGAGCUGGUAGCGGCGACGGAAGAGGUUCGCCCGUCGUCGUUCCCUCUCAGAACGUCAGUUCAGAGUCCAGCUAGCUAAUCAAACAGUCCGGAAGAGUUGAUGGUCGUCUUUAAACAUGAAGACGCUGUAGAGAUCCUAUUUGGUUUAUGGCAGUGUACACCACCACAUGCUGCCACUAGGGGGGGGGUGGUGUUCCUACCUGCCCUGCUCUAGAACAUGUUUAGUUCCCCUGCUUUUUAUUAACUCAAUCUGUCUGAAUAAAGCUCUCCUUGUCCUCUGUCUUACCAGAGGCCACCUGGGAUUACAAAACAGAAAAGGGUCAACUUGCUUAAUGAGGUUCACUCAAAAACGAAGCUUAUAAAACACAAGAAAAUAAAGUCCAGGAUGUUUCUAGUUCUCAACCAGGGGGGUUAAUUAGCCAAGUGUGGACAGAUUCCAGGAUUGGACAUGAUUGGAUGAGAUGUCUUUGAGAUAAACUUACAAGAACAUUUUAAUGUGAUCUUACAGUUUUUAUUUCCUUUUUAAAAUUCAGUAAGUUUGAGUCCCUGAGUAAAUGUGUGAAUACAUGACUGUACUCAGUCUAAAACGUCUCUACGUGUGUCAGCCAUGUUUGAAAAAGACCAUUAUCACUGCGUGUAGCGGGUCAGGUGAAGACCGGACAACAUUCAUAUCUUCGUGGGAAAAGAUGGGAAUUUUGUCUUCUCUGUUCUUUCCGGUUCUUUUUUUGUUAAACCUGCAAAUGGUGCAAACCCCUGAGAAAGCUCUCGGAUGGGAGUCGGGUCGUCGCCGCCGCCGCCGCCGCUCUCCGGAUCCCGUCCGUCGGUCGUGGGGAAGCUAACUCACCGCUGGCGAACCUCCAGGGUACUUGGUGUACAAAUUGCAAUUUACCAGAAUGUUCAUAUUAGAUUAUAAGAUAAUAUUAAGGGCAAUGAAUAUUAUAUUGUAUCUUUAUCAAGGGUUACAAAUAAAGUUCCCAUGGAAAAGAUUGAAAACCUGUAUUGUGUGCUUCUUGUGAAUUGGACAUGAAUAAAGAGUAACUACAGAAAUGA